GAGGGUCCUUCAAGACCUCCGCCACCCGGACACGGCGGGUGGUGAGUCCUGGGGUGCCCCGCCUGCAUUGAUCUUUCCUCUGGAGUGUAGACCCGCGCCGGCGGGUGAGUGGAGAUUCCCAUUUCCAGGGCGAGUGCGAUGAGGUGUGGAAGGGUUUCCCAGGCACAGGAGUACUUGUACCCAUGCCUGGAGAUGAGAACGCCUUAGGAGAGCUCAGGGAACAGCCGGUCUCUGUUCUGAACGGUGAGACGGGAAGCAGAGGGCCCGGGCUCGGGCUCGGGCUCGGGCUCGGGCUCGGGCUGGCGGCUUGAGCAGUCGAGGGAGCCGGGUUCGGAAGGUUUGGAAGGUUGGCACCGACGAGGGAGGUGCUCUGACGCAGCUCUUGCCAGGCUUCUGCUGGCCGCAGAGUGAAGAGGUGGAGAGGUCUGGUGGUGGGCUGAGACCCGGAUGGAGUCCGCUGCAGUCGACCGAGGGAGUGUUCAUGGCCGGUGGACAGUGGGGCCGUGGAAGUUAGGGCAACAGUAUGGGCUUUUGUAUAUGUUCUGUUAGCAGGGCUCACCAGAUUUUCUGAUGAGCUGUAGUGAUAUCCUGGGAUUCUUUACCUAUUCUUUUCUCUGUAUAUGAGCCUGGGGGUGGGGCUGCAGGGUGGUCAUUUAUAGCAUGAUGUCCUCAGUGCAGGCUAGAAAUUAUGUGAAGUGUUCAGUAUGGACAGCCAAUCGAAAUAGGACUGGUAGGUAUAGGGAGCCCAGGGACAGGCAUGUGCAUGCGCCAGUGCUUGGAGCUAAGAGUGAGUUGGCAGUGCUCAGGGAACCACAGGUCUUAAGUGUAUCUAUUGAGAACAUAGGACUUAGGUCGGAUUCAAGCAGGAAUGCUGGGCUGAAGAGCUGGGCCUCUGCUUGGAGUGGAGAAAGCCGCGAAAGACUCAGAGUAGAAGGAGGAAAUGAUCGAGAUGUCUCAGAUCUUAAUAAGCUCCCUCAAGGGGCCAGUGCUGUGGUGUAGCAGGUAAAGCCGCUGCCUGCAGUGCCGGCACCCAUUUGGGUGCUGGUUGGAGUCCCGGCUGCUCCAUUUCCAUCCAGCUCUCUGCUAUGGCCUAGGAAAGCAAUAGAAGAUGGCCCAAGUGCUUGGGCCCCCUCACCCACGUGAGAGACUCAGAAGAGACUCGUGGCUCCUGGCUUCAGAUUGGCGCAGCUCCUGCUGUUGCAGCCAUUUGGAGAGUGCGUGAACCAGCAGAUGGAAGACCUCUCUCUCUCUCUCUCUCUGCCUCUGCCUCUUUGUAACUCUGCCUUUCAAAUAAAUAGAUAAUUUUUUUUUUUAAGCUUCCUCUGGCUUUCAGGGAAACAGACAGACUGUGGGCAUGAGGUGGGAUUGUCGAUGGUAUCCUGCCCAGGUGUAUGACUGUGAAGGUGAAAGAAGUUGGGGAAUCUUUUUUAGUAGGUACCUGGGUUUUCUAGGGAAAGAAAAGAAAGAGUCAUGGAUGACCCCAGGAAGUGGAGAAAUUAAUGGCAUGAGUAAUUUUUAGUAGUUCUAACAGGAGUUAGGUUUGGCCAUGUUUAGUUUGAGACGUCCCAAGAACUCUUGAGUUGAGGCCUCUGUUUGAACACAAGAUUUAAGUCCUGGGGAGGGGUUCUGUUGGAGAAGUACAAAAGAGACAGCCAGUAUAUGUAGUGGGGUUGGGCAGUAGGGUCUUCAAGUCAUGGUGGCAGUGCCAUUAGUGAACUGGAAAGGGGAAUCUGAGGACCGAGCGCUGGGCCUGUUGUGGAGGCACAUGGGUGGCAGUACUGCAUGUUACAGAGACAGAGAGCACUUCCUGGAAACUGCAGAGUGACAUGGGGGAUGCCGUGGGGGUGCGUGUGGUGUAGGCCAGAAGAUUGUCAGUGGCGAUGGGGAGUCCACAUAGAGGCAGAUGUGCUCCGCAGAGUGAUGUAUAUAUGUACAUGUAGGGAGAACGUGAACUGUCAGCCGUCAGGCCUUGGUAUUGCUGGCCUACUGGAGAAGGCUGAGCUAAAGUGUGGUCAGAUCUGGGAGGCGUGAUCUGAACAACACUUAGGAAAACUGGUUGGCAGGAGAGCGUCUGAACCCUUCAUACCAGACCCAGAGUUUGGCAGCAUCUAACCUGCCUGGUUUCACCUGUGUGAGAAGAGAGAGAGGCACUCGUGGGACCAAGGUCCGGCAUCUCUUCUGAGUUAGGCUGGAGACGAGGGAUACUGCGGGCCAUAGAUAUGGCUGUGUGACCUUUGAGGAUGUGUUUGUGUACUUCUCCCCGGAGGAGUGGGAACUCCUUGAGGAGACGCAGAGGUUCCUGUACCGUGAUGUGAUGCUGGAGAACUUUGCACUUGUGGCCACAGUGGAUUGUUGGUGUGGAGCAGACAAUGAGGAAGCAUCUUCUGAGGACAACAGUGUAGAAGGAGUGUCACAGGUAACAACUCCUGAGUCAGGUCCGUUCAUCCAGAGAGCCCCACCAUGUGAGAUGUGUUCCCCACUCUUGAAAGAUGUUUCCCAUCUGGCUGAACAUCAGGAACCACAUCCUCUCCACAAAUUAUACACAUAUGAACCAUAUGGGAGAGGAUUCUCAUUCAGUGCAAAGUUUUACCAGCAGCAGAAGCAAGAUAAUAUGGACACUUCCUUCCAAGGGGAUGGUGGAGGGGCCUCAUUUGUGAAGGACCAUGCAGUUGAGAAGUUAAUGAGACCUCUUAGAUGUAGUGAGGAAGAGAUGGAUUUUCCAGAUAGCUCUGGCUUCUUCCAAAACAAGAUCAAUCCAUGCAAAAGGACUGAGUGUGUGGAAUCAUUCCCACAUAGCUCCAGUCUCAGGCAACACCAGGGAGACCAUCAUGGACAGAUGCUUCUCAGUUGCAAUAAUGAUGGAAAAGCCUUCCUGAAUACCUGUACUGCCUUUGACAACCAGAUGACUCAUACUGGGGUGAGACCCUUUAGAUGCCUCUCAUGUGGAAAUGUGUUCAAGGAGAAAUCAGCUCUCAUUAAUCAUAGAAAAAUUCACAGUGGAGAAACAUCUCAUGUGUGUAAGGAGUGUGGAAAGGCCUUCGUUCACCUGUCUCACCUAAGAAUGCACCAGAAACUUCACAUUGGAAAAAGACAUUACUCAUGCAGUGAGUGCGGGAAAGCCUUCAGUCGCAAAGACACGCUUGUGCAGCACCAGAGAGUUCACACUGGGGAAAGAUCUUAUGACUGCAGUGCUUGUGGAAAAGCCUACAGCCGGAGCUCCCACCUUGUUCAGCACCAGAGAAUUCACACUGGAGAAAGACCCUAUAAGUGCAGUGAGUGUGGGAAAGCCUUCAGCCGUAAAGACACACUUGUUCAGCACCAGAGAUUUCACACUGGAGAAAGGCCUUAUGAGUGCAGUGAAUGUGGGAAAUUCUUUAGCCAAAGCUCCCACCUUAUUGAGCACUGGAGAAUUCAUACUGGGGCAAGGCCUUAUGAAUGCAUUGAAUGUGGGAAAUUCUUCAGCCAUAAUUCUAGCCUUAUUAAACACCGGCGAGUCCACACAGGAGCAAGGUCUUAUGUGUGCAGCAAGUGUGGGAAAGCCUUCAGCUGUAAAGACACGCUUGUUCAGCACCAGAUAAUUCACACUGGAGCACGGCCUUAUGAAUGCAGUGAAUGUGGCAAGGCCUUCAGCCGUAAAGACACGCUUGUGCAACACCAGAAAAUCCACACUGGAGAAAGGCCGUAUGAAUGUGGUGAAUGUGGAAAAUUCUUUAGCCAUAGCUCCAACCUUAUUGUGCACCAGAGAAUUCACACUGGAGCAAAGCCUUAUGAGUGCAGUGAAUGCGGGAAAUGCUUUAGCCACAACUCCAGCCUCAUUCUACACCAGAGAGUUCACACUGGAGCAAGGCCUUAUGUGUGCAAUGAAUGUGGAAAAGCCUAUAUAAGUAGCUCCCACCUUGUUCAGCAUAAGAAGGUUCACACUGGAGCAAGACCUUAUGAGUGCAGUGAAUGUGGAAAAUUCUUUAGUCGCAACUCCAGCCUCAUUCUACACCAGAGGGUCCACACGGGAGAAAAGCCUUAUGUGUGCAAUGAAUGUGGGAAAGCCUACAGCAGGAGCUCCCAUCUGGUUCGUCACCAGAAAGUUCAUACUGGAGAAAGGCCUCUUGAGUGCAAUAGUUUUGGUGACCCUUAAGCUGCAUCUGGUAAACUUGUGUAGUGCCAGACAAUUCAUACUAGAGAAAAAGGUUUAUAAAUAAAGAAAAUGUGUUAUAUCCUUGCUCAACCUAAUAGGGACUCACACCAGAGAAAAGCUCUAAGAGUAACCUUGAUGACAGGACCAUCAUCCAGCAGAUGAACCUUGUACAUUCAUACAUCUAUCCUGGAGAGAUUCCUAAUAAGCACCAUGUAUGUGGGAAGUUCUCCUAAGGUGCAUUGGACAUCUAAAUGUCCAGGGCUCUUGACAGAGUUAUACCACUGCCAGUGCCUGUGGUAGAAGCCAUCUUAUUGCUACCAGCCUUUGUGUCAAUCAUUCCAUUUUGCUCAGGGAAGGCAGAUCUCUGUGCUGUUAUUCCUUUCAGGGAGUCAUGAGUGUUCUGAUCCCAUUGAAGGUCCUACUUUAUCCCUUGUGAUUAGGUUCUGAGUGGAUGUGAUCCAGCUCUGGCUGAAAGGUUCUAGAUGAGGUUUCCUUUUUUCUUUUAUUUAUUUAUUUAUUUAUUUUUUAUUUUUUUGACAGGCAGAGUGGACAGUGAGAGAGAGAGACAGAGAGAAAGGUCUUCCUUUUGCCGUUGGUUCACCCUCCAAUGGCCGCCGUGGCCAGCACGCUGCGGCCGGCGCACCGCACUGAUCGGAUGGCAGGAGCCAGGUACUUAUCCUGGUCUCCCAUGGGGUGCAGGGCCCAAGUACUUGGGCCAUCCUCCACUGCACUCCCGGGCCACAGCAGAGAGCUGGCCUGGAAGAGGGGCAACCGGAACAGAAUCUGGUGCCCCGACCGGGACUAGAACCCGGUAUGCCGGCGCCGCAAGGCGGAGGAUUAGCCUAGUGAGCCGCGGCGCCAGCCAAGAGGUUUCCUUUUUUCAUGGACAGUGUUGACUGUAAACAUGAGAGCUGUGAAUUGUUUAUCCUGCUGCCAAAUAACUCAGUUUUAGAACUCUGUCCCAUGCUGCUGCGUAGUGCAGCAUUUACUCAUGAGGAUUUUGUUAACUGUGUGAGGUGAGUUGAGAGAAGAGAUGGGUCUGUCAACAGAAGGGAGGAACAUACUUUGUGGGCACAACCUUUGCUGUGUCUCAAAGGGGACCACAGUAUUGGAGAACAGUUACGUGGCCUGGAUGUGAAAUUUCCUGUGAGCUCAGUGUUUAUUCUAGAGGGCAUAGAAGCAGAUUUUCCAUUGCUUCUAAAAAUGAUGUGAGUUGGGUCCUUUGACUGUCACAUAUGUCUCAGCACUGCUAAGGGAUUGCUAUCUCCCAGGCUUGCAUAUAAGCCACUUCCUGAUAUUCAGGAUUCUAUAGGCAAGUGCUGUUGACUGUAAGGCCUACAGGGCAAGGUGGGAAUUAUAAUUCGUAUAGAAACACUUGAGUUAAUGGAACAGGGAUCACUGUGACAUAUGAGAUAUGUGCAUUCUAAAAGAGAAUUCACAAAUGUUCUUACAUUAUGGCUAUGUGAGAUGAGAAUGUACGGAAAUCCUCAAGACCUCCAGACAUCAGGAGUGGCCAAGGCCAUUGUUAGAGAUAAUAAUCUAAAGUGUGGUGGGCUUCUCUGCUUCCCUGGGCUAUUGACCUUGUGGCCAUCACUGCCUAGGUAGGCACACAAGCUCUGACAGGAGAGAUCCAGGUAUGGGGCUUCUCCGACCCUGCCAGCAUUCCUGGUGACUAAGUGGACAUGGGCUCCAUUGUUCUCUGCUUUUUGCCGACUUUGAGGCAGGGCUCAUUCUAAAUUGUGGGGAGAGAGAUAUAGUAGAGCCAAAAUAAGUUGGAAGAUCUGAUUCUCCAAGAGGAAUGGUAGAUAAGGAUUUUGAUGGGGAAUAUUUAGUUCUUAAUGAUUGAUUGAGGUAUGGUUAACACACAAUCAAAUGCAAAUAUAUGAAGUAUAAAAUGUGCUGUCUGUUUUAUCGUAUGAAGCCACUAUAGUCAAGAUAAUGAAAGUAUCCAACACUAUAAAAAGAUUCCUUGAGUCCCUUAGUAAUCUGUACCUCCCAAUUCUUUCUAGCCCUCUUUCAAUUCACAAACAGCAGCAAGUGUUUUCUAGAAUUUUAUAAGUAAAAUCAUACAAUAUACUUUUUUGUAGGUGAGAUUUCUAGCUUUUGCCACUAACCAAAACUGUUUUGAGAUUAAUCCAUCUUGUUGUAUGAUUCAAGUUUAUUCAUUUGCAUUACUUGGUUUUUCAUUGCAUACUAUAAUUUUUCUUGUUGUUUUGCUUUUAUGCAUUCAGUUAAUGGCUAUUUGAGUUGUUUCCAGUUUUUGACUGUUAAAAUAAGGCUGCUGUGAAGUACCCUAUUAAGAAUAUGUUUUAUCUUGUAAGAAAAUGCCAGUGACUAUACCAAUUUGCAUUACACCCAGCAAUGAAUGAGUUUCUGCUGUUCCAGGUUCUUUUCAACAUUUGACAUUGUUAGUGUUUUUGGAUUUAUGUGAAGUGUUAUGUCGUUGUUGCUUAAUUGUAGUUCCCUAAUGACACACCAUGAACAUCUUUUCAUAUUCUUUCAACAAUGUCCAGCAGAGCAGAAGUUUUAAAUUUAAUCAAGUUUCAUGAACCUAAUUGUUCUUUCAUGGAUUAUAUUUUGGUGUUGUAUUUAAAAAGUUAUUGCCAAACCCAAGGUCACCUACGUUUUCUCUGACAAUAUCUUCUAGGAGUUUUUCUAGUUUUGUUUUCUAUAUUCAGGGCCUAUAAUCUUGAGUAAAUAUUUGUGAAGGCUAUAAGGUGUGUUUCUAGAUUCAUUUUUUUAAAACAUGAAGUGUCUAGUAGUUCUAGCACUAUUUAUUGAAAUUCCAUUGAAUUCUCUUCAAUCCUUUGAAAAAAAUGCAUUUGUGUGCAUCUAUUAUAGGGCCCUCUAUCCCAAGUCUCUGCAUGUAUUGAGAUAUGUAGUAUUUUGGUGUUUUUGGUUUUUAUAUAUAUGGUGUCUUAAUUGAUUUUCUAAUGUUAAACCAACCUUGCAUUCCUGAGACAGAUCUCUGGUCAUCCUUUAUAUUUGUUGAAAAAUUAAUAUUAAUGAUACUUUGUUCACGUAUUUUUAUCUACACUGAUGAAGGAUAGUUGGUUUGUAGUUUUCUUGUGAUGUCUCUGACUUUGCUAUCAGGAUAACUUAGACCCCAUAGUCUGAUUUGGGAAAUGUUUCCUCCUUUAUUUUCUGGAGGAAUUUGUAAAUGGUUAAUGAUUUUUUUUUUUUUUUAAUUUUGACAGGCAGAGUUAGACAGUGAGAGAGACAGAGAGAAAGGUCUUCCUUCUGUUGGUUUACCCCACAAAUGGCUGCUGUGGUUGGCGAGCUGCGCUGAUCCGAAGCCAGGUGCUUCCUCCUGGUCUCCCAUGCGGGUUCAGGGGCCCAAGCACUUGGGCCAUCCUCCACUGCCUUCCCAGGCCACAGCAGGGAGCUGGACUGGAAGAGGAGCAACCAGGACUAGAACCCAGUGCCCAUAUGGGAUGCUGGUGCUGCAGGUGGAGGAUUAACCAAGUGAGCCACGGCGCCAGGCCCUGGUUAGUGAUAUUUUUUAAAUGUUUGAUAGAAUUUACAAGUAAAGGUAUUUGAGCCUGAGAUUUUCUUGUGAGAAUAUGUUUGAUGAGAAAUUACUUAGAGGUAGGUGUUUGGCACAACUGUGAAGAUACCUUUUGGGGGGACAGAGUUCUGCUGUAGGGGAUUAAAAUGCUGUUGUGACACUGGCAUCCUGUAUCACAGUGCUGGAUUGAGUCUCAGCUGCUCCUGUUCUAAUCCAGCUUCUUACUAAUGUACUUGGAAGGGCAAUGGAAGAUGGCCCAAAUACUUGAGCCUCUGUCAUCUCUGUGGGAGACCAGGAUGGAGUUGCUGGCUCCUGGCUGAGCCCUGGUUGUGUCAUUUGGAGAGCAAACCAGCACUUGGAAUAUCAAUCACUCAGUCAGUCUCUCCCUUUCAAAUAAGUCAACCUUAAAAAAAAAAAACAAACAAA